AUGGAGCCAUCCACUGUUGGUGUCUUCUCUUCCUCUUCUGUAGUCGUAGUCAUGAAUACUUCCCAACUCACCGGAGAUGACGCAGAAGAACUUAGCAGCUGCGAUUCUGGGUGGACCAAGUAUCUUUCUUCGCCUACGCAUCAUGAUGGCGGCGACGACGACGACGACGAUGAUGAUAGCGAGGUGGAGUUCACUGGCGGGGAUGAUGAUGAUGAUGAUGAUGAGCACAAAGGUUACGAUAGCGAGGACAGUGACGAUGACUCCAUGGCCUCUGAUGCUUCCACCGGAUUCAUCGGCAGCGGCGUGGAUGGUUCCAAGUGCAACGACGUCGGUGACAACGUGGACGGAAAUGGGAAGGAGGGUCAUGCCCAGUGUUCUUCUUCCUACUCCCACGAGGAAUUCUACGAGGUGGAGGAGGCGAGAAGCAAACAGGCGUGCGAUCCUCGCAGCAACUCGGAAGCGAGGAAGAACAGAUUCAAAUGA